AUGGUUUUACUAGGCGAUAAUUGGCUUGCCUUUACCCCCGACAGUCAGGUGUGCGAUGUGGGUAGCACGGCGACGUGCAAGAUCACUGCUACCCCGAGGCAAUUUCAGCCCGCCUUGUUGAACGCCUCCAAGUGGAUUUGGAGCGGCGAGAACCCGAUCCCAGGAGGUAGCAACAUCAUCAGUACUCGGCCUUUUAGAAAGAACAUCACGGCACCUUGCGGUAAAUGCGCCGUUUGUGCAACCAUUGUGGUAGCUUCCGAUGAUGCGCACACAUUCUAUGUUAAUGGUGUUCGUAUUGGCACUGGCGCAGGCUUCAGACAAGGCCAGGCCUUGUUCGUGGCAUUGCAGCCUACCUGGAACCUCUUUGCCAUUGCUGGUCAGAAUCUUGUCGCCAAUAGUCCAGCAGGUAUUAUGGCCUCGAUCUUGGUCCACUUCUCGGAUGGUACCAGCGAGACUUUCGUUACCGACGAGUCGUGGAAAACCCUUCGCGCUGCGCCUCCCGAGAAUUUCCAGCUCCCAUCGACCAAUGACAGCAACUGGUCCUCCGCCGCCGUGCAAGGGGCGUAUCAGAACUCAGUUUGGGGACCACCAGUCCUACCUCCUGUCCUCCCCCUCCGCGGCUCAAAUUGGAUCUGGACGUCCGACAAUGUAAAUGGCGCUGCCCCUGUAGGCUCUCGCGCCUUCAGAAAGACUGUCAACCAGUGCACGAAAGUCGCGGUCUGCGCUACUGUCUUGAUCGCCGCCGACGAUCGGUAUGCGUUAUACGUCAACGGAGCUACAGUUGGAUCGGGGUCUAGCUACACCGUCGCCGAUGCCUAUACCAUUCCCAACCUCCAUCCCACCUUCAACACCUUUGCCAUCAACGCGACGAACGGUGGUGGCCCAGCGGGGGUCAUCGCAACUAUUAUCAUUACAUACUCAGAUGGUUCGAAUGAAACGGUCGUCACCGAUGCUAGCUGGAAAGCCAUCCAGACGAUCCCUCAAGGAUUCCAGCUGCCUCUCAUUGAUGAAUUUGGUUGGGAAAGCGCGAAGAUUAUUGGUGCUUUUGGGGUUGCGCCGUGGGGCACUGGUAUGGUUAUCCCUAGCGCUUAG